AGAUUAUGUUUUUUCUGACUUAGCAAAAGAACGUAUGGGUCCAAGGAAGCAGGGCUUGAACCGUUCCACUGGAAAGGCUGCUCAAGGAGGUGCCAACAAAAAUAAGCAGCCUAAAUCCCUGAAGAACAAACUCAGAGAUGUGCAAAGGCUGCUUAAAAAGGUAAGUCUGCAGUCAGUACCAGCAAAUCUUGAUAUGUGUUGCGCACGUGUUGUUUCAGUGCGUGUCAGGGAACGGUACGGUCAUUCUGACACGUACUUCUCCUUUCUUGUAGCUGCAUAAGUUGAAUAUUAUUGACUUUUCGAAGUGUAAUCAGCUGAACAAAUUCUAAAGCAAUCAACUUUCAACUUUAAGGUUUUAACGUGAAUUUUUGUAAAAAUUGAUCGCGUCCUCAUCUGCUUGUUUAGAACUCUAGAAGGUUCAAGUUUUUCUGUGUUUUAAUGACCUAGUGAGAGUUACCCUUCCAAAGAUGGUCAAAUUGAGCUGGACUGACCUGCGAGCAGAGGCCCUUUGAUCUUCAAAGGGAAGAGAAAAAUGAAGAGGAAGAGACUUCCUUUUUCGUCAGUUAUUUAAGAAGAUAAAAGAGACUCUGCUCGCAGAAUGCAUGAAGAGCUGACUCAGAUUGCAGUUAAAAUUACACCAAAAUAUAAAUAAAUUAAAAAACUAUUAAAUAACAAAUAACUAACAUAAAGCCAUGUUAGGGUAAAAUCCUGACAAACGACAUGGCCUGGAAACAGGAACAUAAGACUCGAUGAACAACAACAAGAUGGAUAACUGAUAAAUACCGACAGUGACAUGGCCUACUCCUCAAAAUGCAAGAUGGCUGUAUUUGAAAUUUAGACAUGGGGUAUACCCCCCUGCCCUCACUAAGGAGGCUUCCAACAUGUGAGAACCUUAACUAGCCCCGCACUGUAGUUUUUAUUCUCCCAAAUUUGUGUAGCCUUUUUCGUGCUCAAACAAAAGUCAAAAUAUAGAUGAUAGUCCCUAAAAGAAUUGGCUGAAUCUGAACAACAAGUUCAAACCAUUUUAUGUUUUUACAUUAUGCUUUUUGUACAGCAUUUCCUCUGAAACAUUUCACACAGUUAUAGAAACAGAGGAAGCUCAUGUGAGACGGUUUUUACUAGCCUGCGAACGGCAGAUGCAUUUCCGGUCAUCGCUUCUCCCCCUCCAAAAAAUAAUGUCUGCGAACCCGAGCGACAAAACAAUUUCCUUGAUGUAAAACCUUUGUAGCCAAUCACAGUUAAGCUCUUAAAAUCAAGGAACUAACUCGCAAGACUUCUUGCAAGAUCGUGCACGGUGGACAUGUUUACAAGUCGAAAUUGAAGGGACAACGUGGCCUGUGUACAGCUGCCCUUUUUCCUCAGAGCGACACAUUCACAAAGGUUAAUUUGCCCGGAUUGUGGGACUGAUUGAUGAAAUAAGUACCAAGAGGAUUCAUACUGGAGAGAAGAUUAGAGGAAAUUUUUUAUCUAUUUGCCUACAGAGUCAAUGAUUUAGCACACCUUGUUAUUUUGAUCAUGUUCAAAAUGAUAAAUGUCCUGAUGACAGUAGACGCAUCAUGCCAUUUGCUGAUUCUGUUCCUUUCUGGUUCCCUGCAGCAAAGUAUGCUUUGGAGAACUCUUCGAUAGUUUGUUGUGUGUAGAUAUUUUUUAGUAUCCUUUGUCUUUGAAAGCUAGGACAUGUGGUAAUUGAUUUACCAUGUGUAGCUAUGUGUGGUUGCUUCUUGGUUCAGUCAGAACUUUGAUCAGAUCGAAAGCAUUUAAUUUUUGUUCUUAUUUUCUUUAAAUACAUGUUUUUUUCAAGGUUUUAAUUUCCAUAGUUUUUUAUAAGAUGAGUCAAAGCAUCCUAGCUGAAAUGUCAUCUUGACUAGUAAAUAUUUAUUUCACGCUGGGUCCAGCCCUGACUGACUUGUAAUUUUUCAGAUCAUUGUUUUGUGGCAGUAUUUGUAGGAGUUUGAAUUAUUGAGAAGCGAUUGUCAGAGAUUUCUGAAUCCAUCAAGGAUGUGUCUGUACAAUCGAUUCACCAACUUUUGUCAGCGCUGGUUAAAUUGAAAUAAAUCGUGAGUCUGGGGGCGAUGUUAUUUUCCUUUCCCUGUAGAAUCCCUGUGGCGAUUAUUUUGUCCAGGUUUUGUUUAUGUCACGUAUUACUGUAUCUUAUAUAAAAAAGCGACACCACAUCACAUAUAUAGCCUAUAGAAAGCCGCUCCUUUACAAAGAAGUCAGCAUUUUAAUCCGCAGGAAACCUGGUAAAAGUUGUGAAAUUCACGUUCCAAACCGUAUUUGAUAACUCUCGCCAAAAUACAAGAACCGCCACUCGUGAGGUCGCGAGGAGUCACUCGAGCUUUAUUCUAUCCUUUGCUCUGAUUGGCCAACAUCAAAACAAAAGGUUUCACGUCACGGAAAUCGUUUUGCCGCCUGGGUUCACAGACGUUAUUUUUCAGAGGGAGCGUAGCGAAGACCGGAAAUACGUCUGCGGUUCGCAGGCUAGGUUUUUACUUGUACAUGAUUGUUUAAAGAGGGUAAGCUUUGAUGUAACUUGCUGACAGAAGUAUCUUUUGAAGAAUGAAUAGAAACAGAAAUGAAGAGAAUCUUGUGUGCAAUGAUACCAAAAAAAAUGAGCUCAGAAAGCCCUGGAUGUAGGUGUCAUGGAAACCUGUGCACAAAACCAUAAAAAUUUAGUUAAAUUAAAAUUGAAAAGAAACCACUGUAAAACCUUGUUAAAGGGUUCACUGACAAGGCCAUAGAAAAUGUUCACAUUAAGUUUCAGUAUUAAGCAGGUUGAAUUUAGAGAAGAUACAGUAUACAUGUAAGGGCUUUCUUUCCCCAGGGACAAAGGAAACUGUCGGUAAUAAUGAGUUGUCCGUGUUAAGCAUGAAGUAGGGUUUAACUGUAAUGGAGUUGACACUCUUCACAUGUCUUUUGACCCUUGAGGGAGAUAUACCUCCUAAACAAUAUAUUAUUAUUCUUUUCAUUAUAGUUGUUUGUGGUACUGUAGGCUUGUUUUACAAAACACUGAUCUCAUUAAAACGUUUUGUUUAUGUUGUUGUUGUUGCUGUUGUUGUUGUUGUUAUAGUCUGACCUGCCAGCCACUGUGCGAGUCAUACAAGAAAGAAUGCUUGAAGUGUUGAAAGAAACCAUCAAAGACAAAGCAAAGGAAGAUAAAGAGAAAAUAAUUAUUCAGCGAUGUAAGAAAGUGAAAUUUUUUGGUAAGUCAUAACUUUGCUGCUAAAAUUAAUGGGUACCACUGAUUUGUGAAAGUAACAGGGGUGCUGAUGAAUCAGAUCAAAAUAUAUGUGAAUGUAGCCAACCUUAAGUUUAUAUUAAGGCCUGGCAACCUUAUGUUAUUUGCCACCUCAGAAACUUGACGGGAACUGAACUGAGUUAACUUUCGCAAAGAGUUCUGGUACUGUUACUGCAUGGGACAGGUGAAACAAAUUGGUCAAUAGCUCUGUAUUGGUCCCAGAAGUAUUUGCAAAAGCUAACUCAGCCAGUUUCCUUCUGGUUUUUUAAGUGGCAAAUAUAAAAUAUUAAUAUUAAAUAUUUAAUAUGAAAUAUUUUAGCAGAAUCUUCUGAUGUAAGCAAGUCCCACUGUUGGCAAGCAUAUUCCAGACGUUUUUAUUGGUGGGAAGGAAUUCAUGUCAUGGGUGUGUGUCAAAAAAUAUGAUUGCAGUUAAUUUGUCUACCUUGCUGCUAACUCCAUGGUUUACCUUUUCUCAGGACGUUUCAGUGAAUGAGUCUAAAUCUUGCCUAUAUACUAAAAUCAUUUUGUGAUGUGAUUAAUAUGUUUUAUUUAAGUCAAUGUUUUCCUUUCUUCAUUGGUUUAUUUUUAGAGAAAAGAAAACUCUUUAGGAAGUACAAAACCUGUCUGAGAGAGCUAAAAGAGUGCAGUGAAAAUGAAGAAAGGUUUGUUAGUCUUUUUCCUCAUUAUCUGUAGGUACAUGUAUAGGCAGGGUUGUCACCAGAAUUUCAAGUCGCCAUUUAAAUAUAACAAGUAGGCGGGGAAUCAAACAGCUAGGGAUUUUUUCUUUUGGUUCUAUUUUUCUUCUGUUUUCCAAUGAAAGUAGCCAGGGGACUUUAUAGUCUGUAGCUGAAGGAAAUACCCAGCCCCCAGCUCUUGUUGACAACCCUGUACAUGUAACAAUAGCCUGUGUGUAGCCGCACUCUCCCCCCAAGGGUGUGGCUGCUCGUAGGCUAAUGUAACAAGGGUUGGUUUUAGACCACAGGCUAUCACCAGUAUUUUUUGUCUUUUGUAUAAAUCAACAACUCUAUAGAGUCAAUGGGUUAAAGGGACACAGUCAGCCAUGGGACCACGCUGACCUGGACACUACUUUUGACAGUUUGAAAAGCAUUUACCUUAACCUGAAAUCAAAUCUACGCGUCCGAUACAUUUAGAAAUCCGCUUCAAUCCUACCUAGUGUUUCAUUCGAUCCUCAAUCUUUUACUGAAAAUCUCUUUUCGAGCAAACUUUUACUCAUCCUAUUACAUUAUUUUAUCAUAUUUGGUUUAAAACAGUAUUCAAAGGAACAUGAACAGAAGAGGUUAGAAACGCGUAGGUGCCGGGCGGGAGAAAUCCCCUUUGUUUACCAAAAUGACAAGAGAAAUAAAUCAAUCACAUUGACGAGCAAUUAAUCAUUAUAUAUAUUUGGAAAAUGGAUGGAAAAGGUUACAUAUAUUGGGAAAAUCAAGCGUUCUCGACCGUGAACCUUCCACACAGUACAAUCACUCAGACUUCAUGCAAUUUCUCACCUCUACUGAUGUUCAAAUUCGGAAGUAUUGGUCGAUGUUUGGCUUCCCUUGAAAAAUCCAUUUGUGAAUUCUCAAUGGUAUAUAAAAAAUGAGUGCUCUGAUGUGGCUUAGGGCCUAUAAUCAUGAUUUUGGCUUGUAACAAGUUCAACUCUACAAGGUUUGUUCAGAGUAUUCCCGAUACGCUUUUGUUUCACGCGCGUCUUGUGACAUGCAGAUCAGCUAAGAAAUGGUAUUUAAUGCGCGUGUGCGUCAGCUGACUGUGUCCCUUUAACUUGUACAUAUGUACCUAAAGAGCAUACAGUAAAUUGUAUCAAAUUGACAUGCAGGUUAGUGCAAGAUUUUGUGAAAAGAAUAAACUGGCAGUAGAUAUACCAGAGAUUACCAUUAAUAUUGUAAGUAUAAUGUUGUGAGCAGAUGCUGAGCAGUUAAACAUCAUCUGGAAAACUAUGAACUGAUAUAUGAAACCACUGGCCAUGUUGGCUAAUUGAGAUGUAACACCAUCAUGGCAACAGGACACCCAAGGAACCACAGGACAACCAAAGAUUAGUGUGCUGCUUGCCUCAAUUAUGGAGUGUGAAUUAUUAUUGUUGUGCCAAUAAAAUAACAGUUGCAGUCAAUAUGUUGCAGUAAUAAAAGCUGUGUUGUUACCAAUUGGUGUUCAUCUGGAUGAACUUUAUUAACUACCCAGCAAAACAUACAAUAGCCCGGAACCAAGCUCCACAGUUGGGGAAAAGGAUAAAAAAAAUUGGUGAUUGAAGAGAGGGGAAAGGGUGGCACCACCCUUUUCCUUCCCCAGUCUGCUACCCAGCUCACCUCGCUCGCCAACUUUUGUGCCUUGUACCUCCAAUUUUUGCAAUUUUUUUCCCACAGCAGCGCCUGGUCCCAGGCUAUACACUGCAUAACUGUCCACAAUAUACUACUGUAAGUGACAACAGUAAUGCAAACAAGUUUAACGGUCCAUCUAAUAAUAUUGUCAUAAAUUAUAUUCUAAAGAAGUACUUUCUUUGUUGCUAAGUCAUUUUGUUUACUUUCUUUUAGAAAUGCACUGCGGAAAGAACUUGAAGAAAUUAAACUACAGUGGAAUUAUGUUAUUGUGAGUAGGCAUUAGAGAAAAAUUUACAUAUAUUAUGUAUGUAGCUUUAGUGGCUAAGUUACAGUUUUCUUUGUUGUUUUUUUGUUAUAGCACUUCCCACAAGACGUAAAGUACAUUUCUCUGUUUCCUGCCACAUCAUACACCAAUGUAGAAGUUCUUCAGAAACAAGGUAUACAAUGGGAAAAAAAAGCUAAGUGUUACUUUAACAGUCAAAGGUUGCAUAAACAACACCCCCAGGAAGAAGAAUGAAAGCAUCCUUAACUAGAGUUGGCCUCCUAGAGAAAUUAUCCUACUGCCACAUUCAGAGAAUUUUAUAAUCGUUCGUCUGCAGUUUAGAUGUUUGGAUAGAAAUUUGUGGUUAUAAACUUGGGACGCUUUCAAUUUCAAUGUUACAACUGACUUGCCAGACCAGAAUUUGGCGCGAAUUUGAUGUAACGUGAAUUUGACGCCAGCUAGGUGGGUUACCCCAACUUGAAACAUUCACUUGGCAAAAUUAGAUCCCGGCUGAGAGGGUGCCCGGACUGACAGAUCGGGCAACCCGCCUGGGUGGGUCACUCAACCUACAGUAUCAUGUAAACAUGAUCAACUCAUAAUUAAAUGGAGAGGUUAUAUGGACAGGCCAGUUACCCCACAUAAGCGGGAUACCUCCCCUACCUGGGGUUGUUUAAGUAACUGAACAACUUGUGAAAACAUUUGAAAGGACAUGAACUCAAUUUUCCAGUGACGUACUCAUUGGCAUUGCUGUUAUUAGGCCUUAAAGCGCCCGUGGCGUGUAACGUUUAUUAUUUAAUUGAAAGUACACAUUACUACGAGAACCUCUGCGAAAAAAAAAAUGGCGACUUGAUUUCUAAAUUGUCGAUUUUAUGCAUACUUUAAUUAACAAUUAAUGAAUGAGGAUGAGUAUCUUAUGAAGAAUUAUGGAGAUGGAGGAGGGUGUUAUCUGUCGAGGCCAUAGGCUGAGGUGGAUAACACCCUCCGAGAUCUCCAUAAUUCUUCAUAUGAUAUGAAAGCUGAAUUCAAUAAUUGUUUUAUUAUUCACUCAAAAUAAUUCAUAGUUUAAAAACAAAGCUAAAACAUGCUUACCUCUAUCGAUGUUAAGUUCACCUUUGAUAGUGCACGUUUAGGGUUUUUCAGCUCUGCAAAUGUUCUCCAAAUAGCAGAUGUCGCCGUUCUAGUUGUGUUCCUGCUGUUCCUGCCUUGUUUUUAGCUAUAAUUUCACCUAGUUCUUACUCUUGAAAUGACUGAAAUGUCCACCAUUUUUUGUUUUCACAACCAAAACAACUCAACUUCGUUCCCAGGUCUUCUCAGUUAACGGUGCCUUAACCUGCUAGAACGCUGCAUUUUUGACGUCAUUUCCUCGUUAAACACAAAAUUCUUCCAAAUUUGGUCAUCAGUAACUGGUUAUGGUGAAUUAUGCGUGUGCUUUUAGCCAAUCAGAAUCGGGGAAAUAUUUUGAAUGAAUAAUAAUAUUCUUUUAGUAGGAUCGCCUGUUUUGUUGCAUCAAACUGUGAUGCAUUUUACUGGCAUCUUACUUGCUGUUUCAGUUUGUGAAUUGGAAAAAUAUUUCUAAGCUUCCACACCUGUUUACUUGUAUCUUAAUCACGUGUUCCUUUGUUUCUGAGAGGCUUUCGAGAGAAGACUGAGAUGAAUGGAGCCGCAAAAUGGUGGCAAAUUUAAACGUUUUCUUACAGUCAAACCUCUUUAAUACGGACACCAAAGGGACAGAACCAAGUGUCCACUUUACAGAGGUGUCUGUAUUACAGUCAAACCUCUUUAAUAUGGACACCAAAGGGACAGAACCAAGUGUCCACUUUACAGAGGUGUCUGUAUUACUGUCAAACCUCUUUAAUACGGACACCAAAGGGACAGAACCAAGUGUCCGCUUUACAGAGGUGUCCGUAUUACAGUCAAACCUCCUUAAUACGGAUACCAAAGGGACAGUGCCAAGUGUCCACAUUACAGAGGUGUCCGUAUUACAGUCAAACCUCCUUAAUGCGGAAACCAAAGGGACAGAGCCAAGUGUCCGCUUUACAGAGGUGUCCGUAUUACAGUCAAACCUCCUUAAUACGGAUACCAAAGGGACAGAACCAAGUGUCCGCUUUACAGAGGUGUCCGUAGUAUAGAGGUAGGGAAUGUAUGAUUUUUGGGAUUUUUGGGACCAAACGAACAGUCCGUAAUAGAGAGGUGUCUGUAAGGAAUGUACCUUCCUUUACUGUUUUGAGCCGCUGUUAUUUUCAUGUUUCACUCAAUUUGUUGGCAGUUCGGACUACCGUUUGAAUUUUAAAAAAUUUCGCGACACAGUUCCUUUAAGUCACGCUGUUAAGUUAUAUAUUGAAUUCUCUUGCAAAAUUUCAGAACAAAUUCUUAAAGACAUCUCAGAGAAGAUUGCGAUUGGACAGUUUGAGGAUGCAUCCGAGACAAUUGGACAAAUGGGCAAAGGAUUUAAACAAACAACGGCUGGAAAACCAAAGUCAAUGGAAGGCAAGACUAAACAAGUGGAACAAGAAAGGAAAGAAGGUAAGGUAUCUAUUUAUUCAUCUGGAUGAGAACAUAAAUGUCUUUCUGUUCAGUUUAUUUUUACAAUACAAUCUCUGAUUUGAAAGCUCGUGAAUACAUCAAGUUAACUGGGUAGGUAAUAAGACUUUGUAAUAAAUGAAAGGCGAAUGUCGUACUGGCGACACAUUUGGUGGGGGAACGCGGCGUCCUAACUUUCCGUCUGGUGAGGGGCAAGGGGAGCAUUACUCUUCUUCGAUGCUCUUCCUUAUUGUACCUUAAUGGGCGUAUGUUUCUUAUUACACGUAUCACGAGAAUGUUAUUUCAUAAAGCUUAUUAAUUUUGUAGAAAUCUAUACGCUUUAUUAUCACGUGUGAGAAAAGCUUAUACAGCUGUUUUCAUAUGUGAAGGUAUAACCAAUCAACGACAGCGUAAACGCCUUCUGAGCCAAUCAGAGUCGUUUAUCUUUUGCGUUCAAAUGGCUUUCCAGAUUUGGCGGCUUUUUAGCGGCGCCUCCUCCAAAUUUUUCUUUAGAAAAUGGCGGGGACGAAGGAAAGCAAUAACAGGUUUGUGUCAAAAGCCCUCACUCGCUCGUACCUCGCUCGUUCGGGUUUUGACACAAACAACUCGUGAAUAUAAACCCAUACGCCGCACUUUCUAUGACGUAAACUAUAUCAGCUGACUUAACUACAGCGGGUACUUAUACCCAUACUGGGUAUUACCUCAAAUGUCACGUGCACCCUCGAUCCUUACCGAGUUAAGAUCAUCUCGCCACCGACGAGAAGCCGACGUUCGAAGUAAUAUUGCAGUCGGUACCAUUUCUAUUAAAUUACUUUUUCUCUCUUCGCAGUUUUAGCGAGAAGAAGGAAGUCUCACCAAGUCGAAUUCCAGCCAAACGAAAAAAAACAUUAGGAACGAAAAGCAAAAAGAAAGGAGGGGGGAAAUUUUGAAAAUUGAUCUCAGGCCAGGUGGUUUUUUGCCCCGUUGUUAGAAUAGAACGUGCGCAUUCCCAAAACCAAAAGCUGUAUUGUAACAUCAGAGACGAAAGCGACUUCGUUGUCGAAUCUCGUCGCUUACUUAGUACUCUGGGUAUUGUUGGUCGCCUCAAAAAACCAUGUUUUACGAAACGUCAAGCAGUCAGUGGGUAAAAUUCUUAUAUUUUAAUAGAAAGUGAAGAUGAGACUCCUCCCAAGGUGAAUCUUGAUGACGACUUCUUUAUUGACACAAGUCCAAGCACAGGUAACAAAAAUAGUGACUAGUUAUGUUGUGGAGACUGAAUCAAGUCGCAAUUCAAGUCGCUCACCGACAGGAUGCGGUGAGAGGCACGGCUGUAUUCGCAAGCUAUGUUCAACCGGUUUUAUUCGAAAGUUCACGCUAAAGGAUUUCAUCCACUAGUUAGAACCGCACACUAAAGAAAUAAAUAAAUGGUACCCUGUGUGAAGAGGUUUCAUAUGACUGGUCACACUAUAGGAUUUCAUCCACAGACUCAAAAGUUAAAACUACAUACAAACUAAACAGUACAAUGUGAAAGCAUUGCUGAAGAGGUUUCAUUUGAAUGGUCACACCAUAGAAUUUCACCCGCACACUCGGAAGGUACAUUAGCCUGCCCACAGACGUUUCUUCUUGUUUCUUGGACGAAUUUUUGCGAGUGCCGAGAACAUCAGAAGGAGCGCUAGCGCUUAAUAAAUCCCCCGCGGUUUUCAUUUUCAUACGCGGGCUCGACUGGAUCUCUAGAAAAAUAGAGGGUCUCUGAACAGGCUUAAAGGAGACCGACAUACUAAAUAAAUAGUACCACGUUAAAGUACUGCUGGAGAGUUUUCAUUUGAAUGGUCACACCCUAGGAUUUCAUUCAAAGGCUGAAAGCCUGAAUUUAAUUCGUGGAGAGAAAAAUGUUAAAAUAUAAUGUUCAGGUUUAUUUUCCUUUAUUUUCUUAUUUAAACGACAACGAGAAAUUGUGUUUGGGGCUUUAAGUGUUAACUUGCUCUCUAUUUUUUUUAUCAGAGCCCCCAACGUUCGAGGAAGAAUCCAGAAAAAAGAAAAAGAAAACUAACAAGACACGCAAACGAUCGCAGUUUAAAUUUGAGAAAAAGUAGGCUGAAUUGCACUUGUGAAGCAUUAUUAACAAAACUGUAUGUUUAUAUGUGUAAAUAUGUGUACAAACCGUCUGUUAAGUAAUUAAAGAAGAUAUUUAUUUGCAUAGAUCUUGUG